AUGAAGUCUCUACUUCUCCUAUCUGUUGCACUACCAACUGCAUUCGCGACCUCCAACCUCGACCAUUCGUCACGAUCAGACCCAUCAGGCGACGCACUGCUCCAGAAAGUCUACCAGUUCCCUAACAACACCUGGGUGGAGAACUUGGCUGUUCGAAGCAACGGCAAUAUCCUCGUAUCUCUGAUCUCCUCACCCGAAGUUUGGCAAAUUAACCCCGAAGCGCAAUCGGCAGAGCUGGUUUUUGCAUUCCCCCAUGCGACCAGUGCCAUGGGCUUCGCUGAGGUCACCGAGGACGUCUUCAUAGUCAGUAUCGGGAAUUUCAGCUACGUGACUGGAGCAGAACAGCAAGGCAGCUGGAGCGUGUGGGAAUUGGACUUUGGCCACGCUCCACUUCCCGUCGACGAGGGACGAGGCUAUUGGAGAAGGCCACAUUAUGGCUACGAGCAGGAUAUCGCUAGGGUGCGCAAAGUCCUCGAUAUACCAGAAGCAGUCUUCCUCAAUGGCGCCACUGCUCUUCCAGGCUCUGCUGAGACUGGCAUCGUACUCAUCGCGGACUCAGAGCUUGGUACGAUCUGGCGCGUCAACACCCGUGUUGAGACAUACAGGGUUGCCGCCCAAGAUCCUGCCUUCAGGCCUAAUGCCUCAAUACCUCUCCAGAUUGGGAUCAAUGGUAUGCAUUAUCACGAAGGCUACGUCUAUAGCAGCAAUACCUUCAGCACACCACUCCUUGCUCGAACUCCAGUAUCACCCUCAGGAUAUGCCACAGGUCCAGUCGAGGUCAUUUCUGAGAGUGCAGAGUUUCCUGUGAAUGGCGGUGCGGCGGCUGAUGACUUUGCGAUUGGUGCGAAAGGUGACAUCUGGCUCGCGAGCGCAAGCAGUACACUGGUGAAGAUCGCGGCGCAUGGAGAGCAAGAGGUAGUUGCCGGUGGUGCCGACUCAAAGGUGUUACUGGGGUGCACUUCUGCUGCGUUUGGCCGGGCCACAAAGAUGAAGGAUAUCUUAUACAUCUCGACUAAUGGAGGACUUGGUAACCCUGCGCUGGGAGUGGUUGGAGGUGGGUUGUACUCACUCGAUACUGCGAGGUUGUAA